AUGGCAAAAGAGGAAGAUGAGGAGAAGAAAGCCAAGAAAGGGAAGAAGGGUAAGAAGGCCCCUGAGCCAGAGAAGCCUAAGCGGAGCCUGAAGGGCACGUCUCGGCUGUUUAUGGGCUUCCGAGACCGCACUCCCAAGAUCUCCAAGAAGGGCCAGUUCCGGAGUGCAUCGGCCUUCUUCUGGGGCCUCCACACUGGGCCCCAGAAGACCAAACGCAAGAAGAAGGCCCGCACGGUGCUCAAGUCCACAUCCAAGCUCAUGACGCAGAUGCGCAUGGGCAAAAAGAAGCGGGCGAUGAAGGGAAAGAAGCCGUCGUUCAUGGUUAUCCGUUUCCCGGGCCGGCGUGGCUAUGGCCGCCUGAGGCCCCGUGCCCAGUCCCUUAGCAAGGCGUCCACGGCCAUCAACUGGCUGACCAAGAAGUUUCUUCUCAAGAAGGCCAAGGAGUCAGGCAGUGAGCAGGCAAUGGUGGACGCCUGGCUCCAGCGCUCGAGCUCCCGAGUGGGCUCCCAGAAACUGCCCUUCCCGUCGGGUGCUGAGAUACUGCGGCAUGGAGGCCGGCUCCGCAGGUUCCCCCGCAGCCACAGCAUCUACUCAUCCGGAGAGCCAGUGGGCUUCCUGCCCUUUGAAGACGAGGCCCCAUUCCACCAUGCGGGCUCCCGCAAGUCCUUGUAUGGGCUUGAGGGCUUCCAGGACCUGGGCGAGUAUUAUGACUACCACCGGGAGGGUGACAACUACUACGACCAGCAGUCGCUACACCACUACGAGGAACAAGAACCCUACUUGUCAGGGUAUGGCCCAUACAGCCUUGCCUGGCCGCCCUACGGCGACCACCACUACGGGUACCCACCUGAAGACCCCUACAACUACUACCACCCUGACUACUAUGAGGAUGCCCUCUACCCAGCCUAUGGCUAUGGCUAUGGCUAUGAUGAUUUUGAACCCCCAUAUGCACCUCCAUCAGGGUAUCCAUCUCCUUACAGCUACCAUGACAGCUUUGAGGAUGAGGCCUACCGGUACAACUGCUACCUGGAUCCCUAUGCACCUUACCACAUUCCAUACCCAGCUUACAACCUCCCAUAUGACACUUAUGACAUACCCUACUUUGAUCCCUAUGGGGUUCCCUAUGCCGAAGGCAUCUAUGGUGGUGGGGACGAGGCCAUUUACCCCUCUAGGGUGCCCUAUCUGUAUCCAGAAGAGUCAGCCUUUGUAUACCCUUGGGUGCCACCACCCAUACUGUCACCCCACAACCCAUAUGCUCACCCCAUGGACGACAUCGCAGAGCUGGAGGAGCCUGAAGAGGUGGGUAGAGACCGGCAGAGCACCUCCUUCCGCCUGCCUAGCGCUGCCUUCUUUGAGCAGCAAGGUAUGGACAAGCCAGCCAGAUCCAAGCUGUCCCUCAUCCGCAAGUUCCGCCUCUUCCCACGACCUCAGGUGAAGCUGUUUGGGAAGGAGAAGCUAGAGGUGCCCUUGCCCCCUUCCCUGGACAUUCCUUUGCCUUUGGGGAAUGCAGAAGAAGAAGAAGAGGAGAUGCCCCCAGUGGCCACGACGCCCUAUGCCCACCCUUACUGGGACUUCCUCACACCACGUCAGCGGAACUUGCAGCGGGCCCUGUCAGCCUUUCGUUCGCGCCAAGGCUUAGGCUUCAGCCCUGAAUUUGGCCACCCAACACCACGCCCAGCCACCUCACUGGCACGGUUCCUCAAAAAGACACUGUCAGAAAAGAAGCCCAUUCCACGGCUCAGGGGCAGCCAGAAGGCCGGAAGAGGAGGCCCCACAGUUAGGGAGGCAGCCUACAAACGCUUUGGCUACAGGCUGGUUGGCAUGGACCCUGAUCGGCCCAACACACCCAUCAUGCUGAGACGCACCCAGCCACAGGCUCGAAACAACAAAUCCCAUGGCCCACCCUCACCCAGGCCCACACCCCAGGCCCUUGCCCAUUGGAGUACACUCAUCUCCCCUCCUGUGCCCAGACAGUCUCCCAGCCCAGGCCCACCACCAGCUCCACCCUUCUCUCCAACUCUCUCCAGGCCUCCACGGCCAGCCUCUCCCUACAGCUCACCCUACAGUUCUCUCCGCAGGCAUCCACCACCCUGGGCUGCCCCAGCUCAUGUGCCCCUUGCUCCUCAAGCAAAUAGGUGGGGCUUUGCUGAGCCUCCUCCUGUGAGUCCAGAGGCCCCCCCUGAAUUUCUGGCCUUCCCUGUACCCCAGCCCUUGUUCAGGGCUUCUCACAGUCGAGGCCACCCCAGGACUUCCCCUCUGGGGUCAAGGAGGCGGGCCUGGCCCCCACUGCCUUCACCCCAGCCCUCACUGAGAAGCCUUCCAGGCCAGGGCUACCAUUCACCCUUGGGGCCUUUGUCCCCUCAGUUGUCCCCCCAUAGAGGCCUCUUCCAGCCACCCUUCCCACCUUCUCCACGUAGGCCUCAAUCUCUACGAGAGACCCUGCCUCUGCGCCAAACCUCUGGGCGCCUAGGCCCACCCCGAUCACCAGUGCUGGGUUCUUCCCAACCAACCUCAUCACCCCCACUGCCCAGCCAUGGUCCCAGGCACCGGUCCCUCAAAUUGCCCUCACGCCUCCCACGCACAUGGAGGCGCCUCAGUGAGCCACCCACGAGGGCUGUAAAGCCAUGGGUUCGAAGGCCCUACCACCCGCCACCCAGUGCUGGGCCUUGGGGGGCUGCCACAGGGUCCUUGGAGCACCAGGAAAACCAACAGGAACAAGAGGACUCAGAGGUGCCCUGGACAGUGCCCCUGUUGGCCCCUAGCUGGCAUGUGGACAUGCCCACCCAGCGUCCACCUUCCCCCUGGCCAGGAGGUCUGGGCAGCCUUAGAGGCUUUUCUAGGCCACCUCCUAUGCCCAAAAACCCCUUCCUUGCGCACAUGAGCCCUACACCAUCUCCCAUCCCCCAACCCGAAGACCCAGUCUCUGACUCGACUGCUGUCUUCCUGGGCCGGCAUCACGACCCAGGGCCUGGGCAGCUCACUGAGUCAGCUGGACCAAGCCUGGAGAACCCUAAAGAAGAAGUUACCCCAGGGGACCCUCAGCCACCAGCAGAGCCUGAGAUCUCAAAUUCAACACCUUCCAAGGAUGCUUACCCAGAGGAAAAGGACUUAGGACUCAGCCUCUUAUACCCACUGGCCACACGUAACCAGACAAGGGCUACAUGGCCGCUAUGGCACCAUUGGAAAACAUUGUCCAGAACUCGGAUUCCCUUGGCCCCCACCUGGGCUCCAGGACACCUGCCCAAGGCAGGUGAGCAGCCCCAGGCUGCCUCUGCACGGUUUGCUGUUGUCAUGCCUCAGGUGCAGAGGCUGAGUUCCUUUCAGCGAAGGGGUUCUGCUGCCUUGCAGCCUUCAGACCAGCCAGCCCAGGACCCAAAGCAUGGUUCAGAGCCUGGAGCCUGGAGUCUGCACUGCUCCCACCUCUGGUCACCAGUAGAUGCUCACCAUCCUUGGCCAAGAGUACAUACCCACUCUCAAUCUCACCUCCUGGGCCAUGGAGGUGCCUGCUUGUCCCUCAGGGGCCCUGGGAAAAAGACUGGCCCUCAAAGCUGGCAGAACAAGAUGCACUCCAUACGCAAUCUGCCUUCUGUGCGGUCCCGUGAGCAGCGCAAGGAAGAUGGUGUGGAGGACAUGACACAACUGGAAGACCUCCAGGAGACCACUGUGCUGUCCAACCUCAAGAUCAGAUUUGAACGCAACCUCAUUUAUACCUAUAUUGGCAGUAUCUUGGUGUCAGUGAACCCAUACCGAAUGUUUGGGAUCUAUGGGCCGGAGCAGGUGCAGCAGUACAGUGGGCGUGCCCUAGGAGAGAACCCACCGCACCUCUUUGCGAUCGCUAAUCUCGCCUUCGCCAAAAUGCUUGAUGCCAAACAGAACCAAUGUGUCAUCAUCAGUGGGGAGAGCGGCUCUGGGAAAACCGAAGCCACAAAGCUGAUUCUGCGCUACCUGGCUGCCAUGAACCAGAAACGGGAUGUCAUGCAGCAGAUAAAGAUCCUGGAAGCAACACCCCUCCUGGAGGCCUUUGGUAAUGCCAAAACUGUCAGGAAUGACAACUCCAGCCGCUUCGGGAAGUUUGUGGAAAUCUUUCUAGAGGGGGGUAUGAUCACUGGUGCCAUAACCUCCCAGUACCUGCUGGAGAAGUCGAGGAUCGUGUUCCAGGCCAAAAAUGAGAGAAAUUACCACAUUUUCUAUGAACUGCUGGCUGGGCUGCCCACCCAACUGCGACAGGCCUUUAGCCUACAGGAAGCUGAGACCUACUACUACCUGAAUCAGGGGGGGAACUGUGAGAUCAUCGGCAAGAGUGAUGCAGACGAUUUUCGCCGCCUGCUAGCUGCUAUGGAGGUGCUGGGCUUCAGCAGCGAGGAUCAGGACAGCAUCUUCCGCAUCUUGGCCUCCAUCCUGCACCUGGGCAACGUCUAUUUCGAGAAGCACGAGAUGGAUGCCCAGGAGGUAGCCUCAGUGGUGAGUGCCCGCGAGAUCCAGGCUGUGGCAGAGCUGCUUCAGGUCUCCCCUGAGGGCCUGCAGAAGGCCAUCACCUUCAAAGUGACUGAGACAAUGCGAGAGAAGAUCUUUACACCCCUGACUGUGGAGAGUGCUGUGGAUGCCAGGGAUGCCAUUGCCAAGGUCUUGUAUGCCCUGCUGUUCAGCUGGCUCAUCACCAGGGUCAAUGCGCUGGUGUCCCCAAGACAAGACACGUUGUCCAUCGCCAUCCUGGACAUCUAUGGCUUUGAGGACCUAAGCUUCAACAGCUUUGAGCAACUAUGCAUUAACUACGCCAAUGAGAACCUUCAGUACCUGUUCAACAAGAUCGUCUUCCAGGAGGAGCAGGAGGAAUACAUUCGCGAACAGAUAGAUUGGCAGGAGAUAGCCUUUGCAGACAACCAACCCUGCAUCAACCUCAUCUCACUAAAGCCCUACGGCAUCCUGCGCAUCCUGGAUGAUCAGUGCUGCUUUCCACAGGCCACAGACCACACGUUCCUGCAGAAAUGCCACUACCACCAUGGCACCAACCCGCUCUACUCCAAACCCAAAAUGCCAUUGCCGGAGUUUACUAUCAAGCACUAUGCUGGCAAGGUCACCUACCAGGUGCAUAAGUUCCUGGACAAGAACCACGACCAGGUGCGUCAAGAUGUGCUGGAUGUGUUCGUGCGGAGCCGCACGCGGGUGGUGGCACAUCUCUUCUCCAGCCAUGCUGCACAGGCCCCUCAGCGCCUGGGCAAGAGCAGCUCCAUUACUCGACUCUACAAGGCUCACACUGUGGCUGCCAAGUUCCAGCAGUCACUACUGGAUCUGGUGGAAAAAAUGGAAAGGUGUAACCCCUUGUUUGUGCGUUGCCUGAAACCCAACCACAAGAAGGAGCCAGGUCUCUUUGAACCAGAUGUCAUGAUGGCACAGUUACGUUAUUCAGGGGUACUGGAGACCGUGCGGAUCCGAAAGGAAGGUUUCCCAGUGCGACUACCCUUCCAGGUGUUUAUUGACAGGUACCGCUGCCUGGUGGCCCUCAAGCUUGACCUCCCAGCGGAUGGGAACAUGUGUGUGUCUGUACUGAGCCGCCUCUGCACAGUCAUGCCGGACAUGUACUGUGUGGGAGUUAGCAAGCUCUUCCUCAAGGAGCACCUACACCAGCUGCUGGAGAGUAUGCGGGAACGUGUGCUGAACCGAGCUGCCCUCACGCUGCAGCGCUGCCUGCGUGGCUUCUUCACCCAGAGGCGUUUCUACUCUCUGCGUCGGAAGAUCAUUUUGCUGCAAAGUCGGGCCCGUGGCUUCCUGGCCAGGCAACGCUACCAGCAGAUGAGGCAGAGUCUGGUGAAGUUCCGGUCCCUGGUACACACCUAUGUGAACCGCCGUCGCUACCUCAAGUUGAGGGCAGAACAGAGGCGCAGGGCACAGGAGGCAUGGCUACGUGAGCAGGAGGAGUUAAGCAAACGGGAAGUGGUGCCUGUAGGACACCUGGAAGUGCCAGCUAAGGUGGCUGGGCUCCUGAAAGCAGCAGCAGACCUCAGGCCCGCCAGCAUGCCCCAAGUGGCUGUUGUGCGGACUCCUCGGCUCCAGGCUGAGCCCCAUGUCACACUGCCCCUAGACAUCAACAACUACCCCAUGGCCAAGUUCAUCCGAUGUCACUUCAAGGAACCCACUUUUGGGAUGCUGACAGUGCCCCUGAGGAUGCCUCUCACACGGCUGCCUGCCGAGCACCAUGAGGAAGCCAUAAGUGUGUUUAAGCUGAUCCUGCGUUUCAUGGGUGACCCCCACCUGUGCGGCACCCAGGAGAUGAUGUUGGGGAACUACAUCGUGCACCAGGGGCUGGUGGAACCUGAGCUGCGAGAUGAGAUCCUGGCCCAAUUGGCCAACCAGGUGUGGCACAAUCAUAACACCUACAACGCCGAGCGUGGCUGGCUACUGCUAGCUGCCUGCCUCAGUGGUUUUGCACCUUCCUCACACCUCGACAAAUUUCUCCUCAAGUUUGUGUCUGAUUAUGGGCAGAAUGGCUUCCAGGCUGUUUGCCAGCACCGCCUCCUGCAGGCCAUGGGCUCAGGGGCUGCCCGCACUUUCCCCCCAACCCAACUUGAGUGGAUUGUCACUCAGGAGAAGGCCAGCAUGGCUCUAGAUGUGAGUUGCUUCAAUGGUGACCAGUUCUCCUGCCCGGUGCACUCCUGGAGUACAGGGGAAGCAGUGGCUGGAGACAUCCUGAGGCACAGGGGGCUGGCUGAUGGCUGGCGGGGCUGGACUGUGGCCAUGAACAAUGGAAUCAGGUGGGCAGAACUGGCCGGCCAUGACUAUGUACUGGACCUGGUAUCAGACUUGGAGCUGCUCAGGGACUUCCCACGACAGAGGUCCUACUUCAUUGUGGGUGCAGAAGGACCUGUGGCUGGCAGAGGAGACACCAGAGUGGUGUUUGGAAACUGCUGGGACUCAGAUGAAGACACACCCAUAAGGCCCCAGCCCCGGGGCCACAUGCCCAAAGUUCCUGACUCUGAUGGGUACUGCAGCCACAAUGAGAAUGGUACAAAUGGGGAGACUGAGACAAGAGGGACAGUGACCCAUCAAGCUGUGAACAGCCUUGAAGAGCCCACCGUGCCCCCCAGGGAGCUGGAUGGCUACUUGGACAGCCUCUUUGACCCUGUGCUAGCCUGCGGAGAUGCGGACCUGGAGAAGCCGACAGCCAUUGCCUACCGCAUGAAAGGUGGAGGCCAGCCAGGUGGAGGUGGCAGCAGUGGUUCAGAAGACACCCCCAGGAAACCCCCAGAACUCAAGCCCAUCCCAGGCCUAGAUGCUUCCACUCUGGCUCUGCAGCAAGCCUUCAUCCACAGGCAGGCUGUGCUAUUGGCCAGGGAGAUGACCCUACAGGCUUUGGCACUCCAACAGCAGCAGCCCUUCAGUGCAGCCCCAAGACCCCAGCCUCCAGAGAGAUCCCUAGUACCAGAAGCACAGCCAAAGUCUGUAGGCACUGGCCCCCCAGCCAAACCAGUGCUUGUGCGCCCCACUCCACACUCAGUGGCCCCAGCCCCUGUGGCCAAGGCCCCAAGGACCCUCAGCAAACCUGUGGCUGCUCCCAUCCUAGCUCAAGACCAGACCUCUUCAGAAUCCACCUCAGCUUCCCCGGAGCUGGUCCAGCACUCCACACUCAACUCAGAGCACUUCCCGCAGCCCACACAGCAAAUCAGAAACAUUGUCAGACAGUAUCAACAGCCACCCUGGGCAGGCCGCCCAGAGGCCCACAGAAUGGAUGGUGGUAAGGUGUUCAUGAAGCGGCCCAACCCCCACGAGGAGGCCCUAAUGAUCCUGAAGGGGCAGAUGACCCACCUGGCAGAAGCGCCUGCCACUCAGGUGUCCAGAGAGACCAUCGCCUUGGUGAAGCCAGUGACUAGUGCUUCAAGGCCAUGCAUUGGGCCCACUCCAGUGCUGCCUUCCAGGUCUCUGGAGCCUCCAGAGGAACCUGUGCAGACACAGCUGCACCGUCUGGUCAACCCUAACUUCUACGGCUACCAAGAUGCCCCCUGGCGGAUCUUCCUGCGCAAAGAGGUGUUCUACCCUAAAGACAGCUACAACCACCCUGUGCAGCUAGAUCUAUUGUUCCGGCAGAUCCUGCAUGACACGCUAUCCGAGGCCUGCCUACGGAUCUCUGAGGAUGAACGGCGCCAAAUGAAGGCCCUGUUUGCCCAGAACCAGCUGGACACACAGCGACCUCUGGUCACAGAGAGUGUGAAGCGUGCUGCAGUCAGCAUGGCCAGAGACAGCUGGGAGAUCUACUUCUCCCGCCUCUUCCCAGCCACAGGCAGUGUGGGCACUGGCGUGCAGAUCCUAGCUGUAUCCCACACGGGCAUCAAACUCCUGCGGAUGGCCAAGGGCAGCAGGGAGGCCAGCAGGCAGCUGCAGGUCCUGCAUGCAUAUAGCUUUGCAGACAUCCUGUUUGUGACCAUGCCAUCACAGAACAUGCUGGAGUUCAACCUGGCCAGUGAGAAGAUUAUCCUCUUCUCAGCCCGAGCUCAUCAGGUCAAGACCCUGGUAGACAACUUCAUCCUGGAGCUGAAGAAGGAUUCUGAUUACGUGGUAGCUGUACGGAACUUCCUGCCUGAAGACCCAGAGCUGCUGGCCUUCCACAAGGGUGACAUCAUCCACCUGCAGCCCUUGGAGCCACCUAGAGUGGGCUACAGCGCUGGCUGUGUGGUCCGCAAGAAGUUGGUGUACCUGGAGGAGCUGCGGCGGAGAGGCCCUGACUUUGGCUGGCGGUUCGGGACUGUCCACGGGCGCGUGGGCCGCUUUCCCUCAGAUCUGGUGCAGCCGGCCGCCGCCCCGGAAUUUCUGCAGCUGCCCGCGGAGCCGAGCCGGGGCCGGGCCGCUGCUGUGGCUGCGGCGGUUGCCUCCGCAGCUGCAGCGCGGGAGGUGGGCCGCCGGGGAGAGGGCCCCCUAGUCGGGGCGCGUUCAGCCGACAGCGGAGAGGAUGCACUGGCGCUGCCACCCAGCACAAUGCUGGAGUUUGCCCAGAAGUAUUUCAGAGACCCUCGGAGGCGUCCGCGGGAUGGCUUCAGGCUGAAAUCCAAGGAGGACAGGGAGUCCGGAACUCUGGAGGACAUGCUUUGCUUCACUAAGGUCCCGAUCCAGGAAUCCCUCAUUGAACUCAAUGACAACAGCCUCAACAAGAUGGCCAUUGACAUGUUCCUCGCGGUGAUGAGGUUCAUGGGAGAUGCCCCAUUGAAAGGCCAGAGUGAACUGGAUGUGCUCUGCACCCUCCUGAAGCUUUGUAGGGAUCAAGAGGUCCUUCGAGAUGAGUGCUACUGCCAGAUUGUGAAGCAGAUCACAGACAACACCAGCACCAAGCAGGACAGCUGCCAGCGAGGAUGGAGGCUACUGUACAUUGUGGCUGCCUACCACAGCUGCUCUGAGGUCUUCUAUCCACACCUCAUUCGCUUCUUCCAACAUGUGAGCUGGACCCCAGGCCUGCCUUUCCAGGGGAUUGCCAAGGCCUGUGAGCAAAAUCUACAGAAGACAUUGCAUUUUGGGGGCCGACUGGAGCUCCCCAGCAACAUGGAGCUUCGGGCCAUGUUGGCAGGCCGCAGUUCCAAGAGGCAGCUCUUUCUUCUUCCUGGAGGUCUUGAACGGCAUCUGAAGAUCAAAACAUGCACUGUGGCCCUGGAUGUGGUAGAAGACAUUUGCACUGAGAUGGCCCUGACACGCCCUGAGGCCUUCAAUGAGUAUGUCAUUUUUGUUGUCACCAACCAAGGCCAGCAUGUGUGUCCUCUCAGCCGCUGGGCCUACAUCCUGGAUGUGGCCUCAGAAAUGGAGCAGGUGGAUGGUGGCUACAUGCUCUGGUUCCGGCGGGUGCUCUGGGAUCAACCGCUCAAGUUUGAGAAUGAACUGUAUGUGACCAUGCACUACAAUCAGGUUCUGCCUAACUACCUGAAGGGCCUCUUCAGCAGUGUGCCAGCCAGCCAGCCCAGUGAGCAACAGCUGCAGCAAGUGUCCAAGCUGGCUUCACUACAGCACCGCGCCAAGGACCACUUCUACCUGCCCAGUGUGAGGGAAGUCCAAGAAUACAUCCCAGCCCAGCUCUACCACACCACAGCCAGCGACACCUGGCUCAACCUGGUCAGCCAGCACCGGCAGCAGACACAGGCACUCAGCCCCCACCAGGCCCGUGCUCAGUUCCUGGGCCUCCUCAGUGCCUUUCCCAUGUUUGGCUCCUCCUUCUUCUUCAUCCAGAGCUGCAGCAUCACCACAGUGCCAGCCCCCAGCAUCCUCGCUGUCAACCAUAAUGGCCUCAACUUCCUCAGCACCAAGACCCAUGAGCUAAUGAUGAAAACUUCCCUGAAGGAGAUCCAGUCCACACGGACUCAGCGGCCCACAGCCAAUUCCAGUUACCCCUAUGUGGAGAUCGCACUGGGGGAUAUGGCAACCCAGCGUACCAUGCAGCUUCAGCUGGAGCAGGGUCUGGAGCUGUGUCGUGUGGUGGCCAUGCAUGUGGAGACCAUGCUCAGUGCUCGGGAAGAACGGCUUACAUUGCCCCCCAGUGAGAUCACCCUGCUCUGACAUGGCCCUGCCCUCCUGACAGAAGACUUCUGUGGCCCGAGGGUAGUUGCUGGGCCUCUCUAGACCAGUGAGCCCUAGGAGGGGCCAGAACCUUGAAGGAGACCAAAGGAGACAGGAGGAAAAAAACCCCAUGAACCCAAGAGAACCUAUCUGGAACUUGGAUAGACUCACAGCAUGCAGCUAAGGAUUAGCUAGCAGAAGUAAUUUUCAAAGGCUGGCCCCAAGGUACAGUGAGGAAGAAGGCAAGCCUGACAUCAGUAGUCUCGAUGCCCUGGGCUCUGCCUUUGGUCUCCUCCAGGCCAGACACUCAGAAGCUUGUGCUCCAGCUUCACACCCAGCCCUCCAUUGCCCUCAUCAGAUGCUCCUACCUUGUGCUGGGCCUCAACCUGGACCUGU